AUGCCUCCGAAAAAGAUUGAAGUUGUCAAGGACAAUGUCGUGGCGUUUGGCAGGGUCAGCAAGAACCUCAAGAUGGGGUGCGUCGGCCUGCCCAACGUGGGCAAGUCGAGUCUGUUCAACCUCUUGACCGAGCAGAGCGCCGCUGCGGAGAAUUACCCCUUUUGUACGAUUGAGCCCAACGAGGCGAGAUGUGCUGUUCCCGACGCUCGAUAUGACUUUUUGUGUGACCUCUGGAAGCCGCCUUCCAUGUACCCCGCGUAUCUGCAGGUCACCGACAUUGCUGGCUUGAUCAAGGUCAACAUGUCCCUCGGCGGCCCCGCUUCCACCGCCUGGACCACCGCCAUCAACGCCGCCUACAACUCCGGCGUCACCACCGUCGUCGCCGCCGGUAACGAGGCCCAGAACGCCGCCAACGUCUCCCCCGCCAACGCUGCCAACGCCAUCACCGUCGGUGCCAUCACCAGCACCUGGGCCAUUGCUUCCUACUCCAACUACGGAACUUCCCUGGACAUCUUCGCCCCCGGCAGCUCCAUCCUGUCCACUUGGUACACCUCCACCACCGCCACCAACACCAUCUCCGGUACCUCCAUGGCCUCCCCCCACGUCGCCGGCCUCGUCAACUACCUCCAGUCCGUCGAGGGCCUCAGCACCCCCGCCUCCAUCGUUGCCCGCAUCAAGGCCCUUGGUACCUCUGGCAAGAUCACCGGUACCCUCAACAGCUCCCCCAACCUGGUUGCCUACAACGGCAACGGCGCGUAA